GAUAAUAAGAUAUAUUAAAUGAGGCCGACGAUAGCAAUGACGUCAUUCACCGGCAAUAUAUAGCUCACAAUUUAACCUCACUCUACUUUCAAGCAUCACAAUGGCAGAGCAACAUAAAGCUACCAAGUCACCACAUGUUCUUCUCUUCCCCUUCCCUUCACAAGGCCACAUAAACCCCCUUAUUCAAUUUGCCAAACGAUUAAUCUCCAAAGGUGUCAAAACAACGCUCAUAACCACCAUCUACAUCUCAAAAACAUCCCCCUCAUCAAACACCUCCAUAACAGUGGAACCCAUUUCCGAUGGAUUUGAUGACGGUGGCUACAUGAGCGCCGGCAGUGAUGAAGCCUACCUGGAGAAGUUCCAACAAGUGGGAUCGAAAUCCCUUGCUGAUCUUAUCAGGAAGCUUGACAGUGAGGGAAAUCCGGUUGAUGCUAUCGUCUAUGAUUCCUUCGUUACUUGGGCUUUGGAUGUGGCCAUGGAGUUUGGAAUUAAUAGUGGUUGUUUCUUUACUCAAGCUUGUGCUGUAAAUAACAUUUAUUAUCAUGCCUAUAAGGGGGUUGUUGAUGUCCCACCGGCGGCGACUGUUUCAGUCCCUGAACUGCCGCCGCUUCAACCAUGCGAGACACCGUCUUUUGUACACAAUCCUGGACCAUACCCUAGUUGGGCUCAUAUUGUGUUCAAUCAGUUUUCCAAUAUUCAUCAAGCUCGUUGGGUUUUCUCCAAUACAUUCUACAAGCUCGAGGAAGAGGUGAUAGAGUGGAUGAGAAAGAUGUGGCCAUUGAUGGUAGUGGGACCAACGGUUCCAUCAAUGUAUCUUGACAAACGAUUAGAAGACGAUCAAGAUUACGACAUGAGUCUACUAAAACCAAAUCAUAUCGAAUGUAUGGAGUGGCUAAAAAACAAACCAAAAGGAUCCGUUGUUUAUGUGUCAUUUGGGAGCUAUGGAGAACUUGGACCCGAACAAAUGGAAGAAGUUGCAUUGGGUUUGAACGAAAGCGGUGUGGAUUUCCUGUGGGUUGUGAGGGAAACCGAAAAGGAAAAGCUCCCAAAAGGGUUUGUGGCAAAUGGUUUGGUUGUGUCAUGGUGUAGGCAACUUGAGGUAUUAGCGCAUGAGGCUGUAGGAUGUUUUGUUACACAUUGUGGGUUUAACUCGACUCUUGAAACAAUCAGUUUAGGAGUACCUGUUGUGGCAAUGCCUCAAUGGACAGAUCAACCAACAAAUGGAAAAUGUUUAGAGGAGAUAUGGGGUGUUGGAGUACGAGUUAAGGCCAACGAAAAGGGGAUAGUGACACGAGGAAAUUUAGUUUCGUGUGUAAAGGAGAUUAUGGAGGGUGAGAGAGGCGAGGUAGCACGAAAGAAUGCGAGCAAAUGGAGGGAGUUGGCUAUACAAGCCGUGAGUGAAGGAGGGAGCUCGGAUAAAGAUAUCCAAGAAUUUGUGUCUCAACUAAAAGCAUAAAUGUUGAUUAGAAUGUAGAUUUGGGUGUUUGAUUGUUUCAUACUAGAGUGAAGGAAUUAUUUAGCGGCUCGUUAGUGGAAUAACGUAUGCAUGUGAUAUUUAUUUA